CAUAUCCGCGAAAGCCUUACAAGAGUCCAGCAGUUACCUAUACUCGUACUAAUUAAAUCGCGAAGUAGAGUUACUGCAGUUGUACACGUAGUACAAGCUAACAGUUUUGUGCACUUUGAGCUUAUAGUCAAAUUGUUAUUUUGCGCUGCAAGCCUCACACAGGAAUCGAUUAGGUAGUAGUAAUAUACGGUAAUUGCUAUUGAACUGUGUUCAUAUACUUCCUCUCUAGUUGCGGGAUCACCACGAGUGUUGUCCUUCUUUUUUUGGCUGUCUGUCUGUGCAACGUUGCUCUUAUCGACAAACCGCAAUUAAUAACGAGUCUGCGUGUUUUUACUCUCCAAGAUCAGUUUUAGCUUUAUCCUGGUAGGCCGUCAAUUGCAACUCUUGAUUACUUUCCUUUGUUAACUAACCUGUCCAUCGACGGAAAUGACGAUGCCGGAUAAGACCGAAUAUCAGUUUACCAAAAUGGAGGAAACCAUCCCGGAAAAGAUCGAGUGUCAUUUUUCCCAGGAAGAAAGCCAUGUUGCUUCAAGUUCUACAGCACACGAAGGUAGCACCCAGGAAAUCAAAGGUCAGCGUCGGGGAUCGGCUUUGGAGGAUAAAAUUCAUGAAGCAGAGCAGGAAUUAAAUGAGCUUGUGCAUGUGCUCCAUGAAAACGAGCACAAAGUCAGAGAACGCCAGCAUAAAAUCGACGAACUUCAACAUCACACAGAUGAGGCGCGAAGAGAUUCGGAUGUUCUCAAGGCAAAGGUGGACGAUAUCGUGGAAUUCAGCGCUUAAAUGGAAAAUCUUCUCUUUAUGGCUUGCUGUAUAUAACAAAAUUAUGCCUUCAAUAAGUCGGUUCGAAAGUUCGGAUACAUGAAGAUUCCGCGGAUACUUGAAUGUUGUGAUGUGUCUUAUGAAGUGCUGUUUAUGAUCGCAUUCCAUUAAUUAGUAACCAUGCCACAUUCGCUGUUUAGACAUUUUUGUUGCUAAUCUUCCUUCUUAAAACAAAAGCAUAGUUUUGUAAAAAUACAAAAUUGUCCUAACAUCUGAUUGCUUUCACACGUAUCAAACGCGCAGUCGCUAUGCGCGAUAUACAGCUACUGAUUAACAAUUUUAUUGUACAAAAUUA